UCCCUAUAUUUUCUCAGUAAUUUCUAACUGUAAGUCUUGUUUAUUGCUGUUCAUUUUCCUUUUUCUCAUUUUAUUUCAUUUAAUUUGUUUUACAUUUGGUAAUGAUCAUUCAUUAGCUGCUAAUUACAUUUUUCGAAAUUAGCAGACCUGUAUAUACUUGAUCAUUCUAACAUUGUGAUCCCAUUUUUAACAACUCAAUAGCAUAUAUAUUGAAGUCUAUUUGAUGCUAUACAUUAGGUUUAAGAAUCAAUUUCUUAAGUCUCAGCUGCUUAGGUGUGUAGAUCAAAGUCUUCAGUUCAAAUAGCAUUCAGGCUUGCUUGAUUGAUUGAUUUCGAGCAAAAGAUUGAUUGUUUGACUGCAUAUUUAAGAUAUUAUCUAGAAAAUGAACACCCGGGGUUGUUUAGGGAUUUCGUAUAUGAAGCCCAGUUGUAGUAUAUUAACUCUUGGAAGAAGUUCAUCAAUUUUUGGAUGUCCACUUCUGAAACAUGGUCGUUGUAUUAAAUAUAAUUUGCCGAAAUCACAGUUGCAAUUGUAUUGUUGGAUGGAAACAAAUUGUUGUCCUGACAAAAAUGCAUUAGGAUUUAGGAGUGCCAUAGACUCACACCGGAGGGUUUUUUGUGGCUCCGGUUCGAAUUCGGGUCGAGCUAGGGUUUCUUCAGCUAAUGGGGUGAAGAAAACUAAUUUUUUUACAAGUGUCAUAGCAAAUGUAGCAUCAAAUACGAGGAACCAUUCAGAUUCUGUUGAAUCCCGUGUAAAUGAAAAUAGCUUUGAGAAAUUAUACAUUCAAGGUAGCUUCAAUGUGAAGCCCCUGGUAAUUAAGAAAAUAGAGGAGGGUCAAGAUUUGUUAGGAAAAGAUGAAGAAAAAAACAAGGAAUAUAAAGUUCAAGUAAAUGAGGAUUUAAAAAAUGCAAAUAUCGACCAAUUAAGUAAAUCAGAGGUUUCCGAAUCUACCCUUGGGGGUGAUGUUUCUGAGGUGGAGAAGGAAGCUUGGAAGUUGCUUCGAGGAGCUGUUGUGAACUAUUGUGGAAACCCUGUGGGGACCAUUGCAUCUACUGAUCAUCCAGCUGAUAAUCAGCCCCUUAAUUACGAUCAAGUCUUUAUUCGUGAUUUUGUCCCGUCAGCUCUAGCUUUCUUACUUAAUGGGGAGGGAGAAAUAGUGAAGAACUUUUUGCUUCACACUCUGCAGCUACAGAGUUGGGAAAAAACCGUAGACUGCUACAGCCCUGGACAAGGGCUUAUGCCAGCCAGUUUUAAAGUUAGAACAUUGCCUCUUGACGGACGAGAUGGAGAGUUCGAGGAUGUUUUGGAUCCAGAUUUUGGUGAAUCGGCUAUUGGACGAGUUGCACCAGUUGAUUCCGGACUAUGGUGGAUUAUUUUACUAAGAGCCUAUGGGAAAAUAACAGGCGACUACACGUUGCAAGAGAGAGUGGAUGUGCAGACUGGUAUAAAAUUGAUACUCAAUUUGUGUUUAACCGAUGGAUUUGACAUGUUCCCUACUCUCUUAGUCACUGAUGGUUCUUGUAUGAUCGAUCGAAGAAUGGGGAUCCAUGGCCACCCUCUCGAGAUCCAAGCUUUAUUUUACUCUGCUUUGCGCUGCUCCAGAGAGAUGCUAACUGUGAAUGAGUCGACAAAGAACCUUGUCGUGGCAAUCAAUAACCGACUAAGUGCACUUUCAUUUCACAUGAGGGAAUAUUAUUGGGUAGACAUGAAGAAAAUAAACGAGAUUUAUCGUUACAAGACAGAAGAGUACUCUGCAGAGGCCACCAAUAAGUUCAAUAUCUAUCCAGAUCAAAUACCUAGUUGGCUUGCAGAUUGGAUUCCCGAUACUGGUGGCUAUUUAAUCGGCAAUUUGCAACCUUCUCAUAUGGAUUUUAGGUUUUUCACUCUUGGAAAUCUUUGGUCCGUUAUUUCAUCUCUGAGCACAUCCGAACAGAGUGAAGGCAUAAUGAAUUUGGUGGAAGAAAAAUGGGAUGAUCUUGUGGCACAAAUGCCUCUCAAGAUUUGUUACCCUGCACUGGAGCACGAGGAGUGGCGUAUAAUCACCGGAGGCGACCCUAAGAAUACCCCGUGGUCCUAUCAUAACGGGGGAUCAUGGCCAACUCUUUUGUGGCAGUUCACAUUGGCAUGCAUUAAGAUGGGAAGAACAGAGUUAGCUAGGAAGGCAGUUAAGUUAGCUGAGAAAAGGCUAUUAGUUGAUGAUUGGCCAGAAUAUUACGACACAAAACACGCAAGCUUUGUUGGUAAACAAGCCCGUCUUAAGCAGACGUGGACAGUUGCUGGAUACUUGACUUCGACAAUCCUUUUAGACAAUCCAGAGUUGGCAUCUUUAUUGUUUUGGGAAGAGGAUUAUGAGGUGCUCGAGAAUUGUGUGUGUGGGCUAAAAAACGAGCCUAGAAAGUGCUCCCAUUUUGCUGCUAGAUCUCGUACUGCCGUCUAAAACUUUUGUUGUAAUAAUCAUGGAAACAUAGUAUGUACAAACUCUCACUGUUAUAAUCUCAUGUCAAAUUCCUCCUCAAUAGGUUAAAACUCUCAUUACUAAAUUUGCUCUUAUAUUUUAUCUUUUGU